AUGGACUUGCCGUUCUUCGUCGCCUUCUCCGGCAUCCUCCUGGUGGGCCGGUACCUCCCCUUCGCGCUCCCCGUGAACGCGCGCGCCGUCGUCCUCGCGGGCAACGACGACGUGACGCCGGCAACCCGCGCCGCGAAGUGCGCCGUCUCGGUGGCCUUCGCCGGCCUCGUGCUGCUGGUAUCCAGCAUGCAGCAGUGCUCCGGCUCCGGCGGCCAGCAGUGCUGCCCGGCGGAAGUGGCGAUGGAGGGGAGGGCGCUGUGGUUCAACUCCGCCGCGCUGUUCCUCGGUAUGGUCCUCGGUGGCGCCGCGGUGGCGCUGCACCCGCAUGCUCAGCGGCGUCGUCCGAUUGUCGACUUGGCCGUCGAACAUCUGACCCGGUUCACGGAGACCGUCACGAUCACCGCGUUCGCGCAUGACGUUUGCAUUUUCUUCAAGGUUGUCGAGAUGAUACAGAAGUGA